AUGGUGAAGAUGCCUGGAAAAAGACUUACAAGUGCUUCAUCUGUCCUCGGAGAACAAAACAAUCAGACAGAUAUGCCAUUUCGAAGAGUCGAAGAUCGGUGGUUACCAGAUUAUCGGGAAGAACACCAAGCGAGGAAGAUUUUCUGUGCAACAAGUGCCGCCAUAUAUCCAUCGUCUUCAACGCCUGCUAGUCCUCCUUCUGUACAGCUGCCAUUUCCCAGCACAUCGAGAGGCCACUCUUCUUGCUGUAUUUGUAAGAGACCUGGACCAAAACUCGUUGUUCCGGUGAACAUUAGGCAUCAGAUAUUCAUUUCUAAGGAAAUCAUUAUCCCUGCUGGAGCUAGAUGUUGUCCUAAUCACUUACAGGGAAACAUAGGGGAUCUUCAACCCAUUUCUGAAACAACAACUGUUAAUAGAACAACAAUAGCUCAACUGGUCAAGUUUCUGAGGUCAGAGAUUCAGAGGCAAGAGAAAACUAGACUAAAUUUUAAUAAUGAUGAAAGUCUUAGUGAUGCUGAAUAUGUGAAUCUCAUGGGGAUUUCGAAGGACUCAUUUAAAGACUUGUUACAAUACAUCGAAGGAAAAGUUCGGCUCACUCCAGCAAGAUCUCUGAGGACAAGUUUAGCAAUAUUUUUAAUGAAAAUCAGAAGAGGAGAAUCUAAUCGAGUUUUGUCCACACUCUUCAAUGUGUCUAAAUCCAGUGUCAGAAGAUGUAUUAGUUCUGUACGAUCAGCUCUUGGAGGAAGAUUUGUGUCAGAGAAUCUGGGUUUCCAGCACAUCACACGUUCUGAUGUCAUACAGCAUCACACAAGACAGAUUGCCCAAACUCUUUUUGGAAGCAGUCCAGCUGGUAAUCAGGUGAUUUUGGUUUUGGAUGGGACAUAUAUCUAUAUAAACAAGAGUGGAAAUUUUCAUUUCCAACGACAGUCCUUCAGCUUACAUAAGGGACGCCCUUUACUGAAGCCCAUGAUCAUAGUGUCAACAACUGGCCAAUUUAUCUCAGUGAUGGGUCCAUAUCUUGCCCGAAACAAUGAUGCCAGUAUCAUCAAACACAUCAUGAAGUCCAACAUUGAGGACAUUCGUAACUGGGUACAAGAGGACGAUAUUUUUAUCGUUGAUCGUGGAUUCCGUGACUCGAUGGAUUAUUUGGAGGAACUUGGUAUCCAAGCCCAUAUGCCUUGUUUCAUGUCCAAAGGAGAAAAGCAGAUGUCCACAGAGAGUGCCAAUACAAGUCGUCUUGUCACGAAGAUCCGUUGGGUUGUUGAAUCUGCCAACUCAAGGAUAAAGCAGUGGAAGUACCUAGGGCAUGUUUUACCAACAAGCCAGAUUCCAUACAUAGGAGAUUUCAUAAAGAUUGUGUGUUCUAUAUGCAAUAGAUAUCUGAAACCCCUCUCCAGUGGAAAUGCUGAUGAAGAAGAAAGUCUUGGAUUGAAGAUGCUUCAUCUCUCCAAGCAGGUCAAUGUCCUACAACAGCAGGUGGAGGAGCAACACUUAGAUCGGCGUUCUGGAUGUUGGGAACCAGUUGAAGAUCUAAGAGGUUUUCCAUAUCUUGAUGAAGAGCAACUGCGUAACCUGACUUGUGGAACUUAUCAGCUUCGACUCUCACCCAAUUAUGCCCAGGAACACUUGGAAGGUGACUGUCACAUACAAGUGCAUAAAGAGGAACCAGGGUCCGCCGUCAUAAACCAUACUUAAGU